CACGUGGUUUUGUUUAUUCCUCCAUGGCGUCCUGAGCAGCCUUAAAGCUUACGAGCAAUGUGUCUUAUAACCACGAAACGUGUCGAAUAGCAAUUAUAUGUCCUCUGCGAAUACAUCUACAUAUGUAUUCUGUUGUAUGUAGUGACUUGUUUUCGCGUUUUAUUGAUGGUAUUUAACUUAUUUUGAGGUUGUUAGCCUCUUGCGGCUAGUCCAAUCGAGCUGGGUUGGAGAAACACAUACUAACAUCCAGGUGUUUGCUGAUGUAGCGAUGAGAGCUCUCAACUAUGUUCAGCGUGUCAGUUUGGAUUUCACAGGGACCCUGUUUCCUCACGCCAUCUGUCUGGGAGACGCAGACAACGACACGUUAAAUGAGUUGGUGGUUGGAGACACAAGUGGAAAGCUUCAUAUAUACAAGAAUGAUGACUCCAAACCCUGGAUCACAAGGACAUGCGUGGGAAUGCUGACUUGUGUCGCAGUUGGAGAUGUCUGCAACAAGGGAAAGAACCUUGUGGUGGCUGUAGGUGCAGAGGGCUGGUUCCACCUGUUCGAUCUGACAGCUGCUGCUCCAAACAAAGCAGAUUCAUCGAGCCAACACGAGUCUCUGAACAGUGAUGACCAGAGGCCUUUCUUCACUCAGCACAUUCCUGCCAACACCAAAGUCAUACUCAUCAGUGACAUUGAUGGUGAUGGCCGCUGUGAGCUGGUAGUUGGCUACACUGAUCGAGUGGUGAGGGCUUUCCGUUGGGAAGAGUCUUGUGAUCAUUCGGACCUUGGGUCAGGGCAACUGGUUCUGCUGAAGAAAUGGCUACUGGAAGGACAGGUGGACAGCCUGUCGGUGAACCCCGGCCCUGAGGGUUUACCAGAGCUGAUGGUGUCCCAGCCUGGCUGCGGCUACGCUAUCCUGCUCUGCUCCUGGACACAGCAGGAUUCCAGUGGUUCAGGGGACGAAGCCCCGGCGACUCCUGGAAGCGAGGGGCCUUCCAGAGAUGUAAUACUCCAUCUGACCACUGGGCGGAUCCAAAACAAAAACGUGUCGACUCAUCUCAUUGGCAGCAUUAGCAAAGGCUCCAAAGAAGAGUCUGCGAUCUGUGGGCUGUUUGCUCUUUGCACAUUAGAUGGAACCAUGAAGUUGAUGGACAGUUCCGAACAGCUGCUGUGGUCGAUGCAGGUGGAUCAUCAGCUGUUUGCGCUGCAGAAGCUCGACGUGACGAGAGACGGCCGGGAGGAGGUGGUGGCAUGUGCCUGGGACGGUCAAACCUACAUCAUCGACCACAACCGGACUGUAGUGCGCUUCCAGUUUGAUGAGAAUGUCAAUGCCUUCUGUGCAGGUCAGUACACGUGCAAGGACGGCAAAAACAGCCCCUGCCUGGUUUACGUGAGCUUCAACCACAAGAUCUACAUCUACUGGAAGGUGGAGCUGGAGCGCAUGGAGUCCACCAACCUUCUGCGGAUUCUCGAUGACAGAGAGGAGUUUGGGAGCCAGCUCAAGUCUCUGGGAGUCGAUGCCGAAGACCCGGCAGCAGUGCGAGGCUUGGUGUCAGAUCUGCUCUACGAGGAUGCACAGUGACGUGUUUUUGUCACAUGUAAAUAAAAACCGAAGCCUCCUCAGGUCCAAGCUUCGUUUAUUUGUGUGUCCAUGUGGAUUAACAUAUCAAGUUCAAGUUACGGGCUCCAAUCUCAGAUGCAGACACGUCGGUGUUGUGUUCGCCCGUGUUUAUUUAAACAUGGGUGACGGAAAGGUGUGUGGAAACCUGCUGUUUGUGAGCGGAGCCGAGCUGCCAUCCACCACUGUUUUUAUCUUCAUUAUUGUUGAAAGAAUGAUAGAAGUUACAUAACUUGGGAUGGUUACAUAAUGAGGUCUGCACAGCAGCAAUAUUGUUAGUGUGGCGUAGCUGUGCCCCCGGGGUGUGUUGACUGCUGACUCCGAGGAGAUCACCCUGCGCACAACAGGAGGAUCCUGUAGCCUCCUAUGCAGACGGCAUAUCUGUUUCUCAUGCAUUAUAUACGACUCCUGUGUGUUUGUGUCUCUUUAAAUGAGCAGCAUGGACUCCAAUGUCCUGGUAGGUCUCUCCUGAGAGACUCCUGAGAGCCUUUGAAUACAAUGUUUUCUGUGGCUUUUUUCAAAUAUCUACUUCUUUUCCUCAUUAAAUCGAUUUGCAGUGUUCGCUGAGCACCAGAGGGUUCUGUGAGGAUGUUGUAACAGAUGGUUGGAGGAUGGUUCAGCUGCUUUUCAGGACAGAGUUUCGUACAAGCGGCCCUUUAGCGUUCUCGCCCUUUUUAAGAUGUAAUAAAGUGCAAAAGAACAACAGUCAUCUAAAUCGCCUUAAAACAAAAAAUUCCACCUGAUUUGGUUUGAGAUCAGCGAUGCACCACGCACUAUAAAUACCUCCACCACUGCGCCGACAGACCUCUUGGAGCGACCUCCUGAAAGAUGAGGACAUGUAUUUUGACUGUAAGGGAGAUGAAGAAGAUGUGUUUGCCUUUAAUAAAGAUCCACU